UGGAACUCGGCUGCGCGCCGAGUCAAUGCUAGAGCAUAGCCUAUGAGGUUACAGCUUUCGUUUAUUUAGGCUAUAUGAAACACAACGAUGUAGAAUUUGGGCAAUAUUUUUCUAAUGUGUUGUUGUUACAAAGUGCGCUCGCAUAUGGCUUCAGCAAAGGAAGGGAGCGCAGCUGCUCAAGAUGUAGUGUGGCGGCUAAUCGGCCCAGUCUCUGAGCUGUCUAAUCGACAGUGCCGUCUGAUCUAUUCCUCUUUCGGUUUCGACUCUGAUGUUUGCCUCUUUCAUGUUAAAGGGGAUUUUUUUGCGAUGGAUGCACGCUGCUCUCAUUCGGGAGGACCCCUGUGCGAUGGAGACAUCGAGGAAGCAGAUGGUGUCCUGCAAGUCUUCUGUCCAUGGCAUGACUAUGAUUUCAAUCUCAGAACAGGGAAGUCAAAUACUGGGUUACAGCAACAAGUGCAUGAAGUCAAGCUUGAGGAUGGCAGCGUCUUCGUGAAACAUGCAAGCUUCCUCUCGCUGAAACCCUUCCCCCUGGGGUCGAAGGACUGAGUUACGGCUUUAGUCGUGUCAAGCGGCCUGUUUAUGCAUAUGGAAUCUCCGGCAACCACACUUCUACUUAAGAUUUAUGGUAAACCUGUGGAUACCAUGAGACAGUCCAGGCUGUGUCAAUGUUUUUUCCACUCAUCUGGCAUCACCAAAUAUCUGGUUAAUAUCAGUGGACAUGUCUCAAAGGAACAUUUUGGUGUCUUUUUUUGUCUCACGAACUGUCUGUAGUACUGGGAUUUGAGCCAUAUGAGAGGAAGAAGGCCAUUUUUGAAGGUUUUGAUCAUCAGAAAUACUCAGACUUUUAGUUGGUGUGCUAUAUUUGUGCUUGUUCUGAUGUCAUAGACUGAACGUUAUUGUACAUGUUGUUUUGUUGUUCCUCAUCUGAGGCAGAUAUUCAUUUUUUUUCAUAUUUAAAUCUUGCCUUUCUGGCAGAUUUAAAUAUGCUGAAAUCAUCUGGUCUCAAUACUAUUUUUACUGAACUGAAAUUCUACCUCAUUGUUAUUCACAUUGUCACACUAAUGUUAUUCAAGAUGUCACUAUAAUACUUGUGGAGUUGACUUUUUACACUAACACAAAUGCAAUGUAAGGGCUACAAUCAAGUUUAAUUUCACAACUCUUAUUCAGUCAUGGAUUUAUGUUAUUCAAUGUGAUCCCAAAACAGAAUUAAUGAGAAUUGUCAUGUUGAAUGUUUCUGGGUUCACAAGAAACACUUAAUUGUUUGUGAGAAGUAUCUAGCCAAUUAAUAUUCUUUUUGCAAUAAUUUAGUUUUAAUAAACAUAAUUUAACAAACUGUUGGGUGUUCAUUAUAACAGGAUGUAGAAACUGAAGGGAAGCUAAUUGUCAAUGUGCAGUGAGGUGCUAAUCACUGAGGCAUUAAAAUGGAAUUUUAAUGAGCUCCCUGUCACUUUUAAUGACACAGGUGGUUG